CAUUUCUUCCUGCUUUUUCAGAUGGUCACCGAUUAUCAAAAUGUACAGGAGCUGCCUUACCUGGACAUGGUGAUUGCAGAGACGUUGCGCAUGUUUCCACCUGCAUUCAGGUUCACUCGGGAAGCAGCUAAGGACUGUGUGGUGCUGGGACAGCGUAUUCCUGCUGGGGCUGUUAUUGAAACUGCAGUUGGACAUCUCCACCACAACCCAGAGUUCUGGCCAGAGCCAGAGAAAUUCAUUCCUGAAAGGUUUACGGAGGAGGCCAAGAAGGAGCGACAUCCCUUUGCAUACCUACCCUUUGGAGCAGGACCCCGUGGCUGUGUUGGUAGGAAGAUGGGUUUGCUGGAGACCAAAAUGACUCUGCUGAGGAUUUUGCAGAUGUUUCGAUUUAAGACCUGCCCAGAAACUGAGAUUCCUUUGCAGCUGAAAUCAAAAGCCACACUUGGACCGAAAAAUGGAGUCUACAUUAUCCUAGAAUCUCGCUAAAACAGAAUGUACAUCCUGUAACCUCCUGGAAUGGGACCUCUUGUUUAAUGACUUACUGAAUAUUAUUAUUUUUCAAAUAUCCAAAGACAGAUAGGAGCCUGAGUCCCACUAAAGGUCAGCAGAUGCUGCCUAACUGCCACCCGGUGGGAGAGUUUCAAGUCACUUUUUAAAAUGAGAUGUGGGCUUCACAGUCACUUGGUGAUUUUGAAAUUGCUGUGAAUAAUAUCUGAAAAGAAGCACGUGACUUUCGCUGGCUUUUCUACAUUACACUUCCUUUUACUCAUCUAUAAGAAGGCUUUCUCCACGCUCUAGUUCAAUGGAUGGAGCAGGUGUUAAGGUGUUAAGAUUUACGAUAGGUUUUAAUUACCAUUCAUUAGCUAAUACAUUCUGCUGAUGCACUUAUAAAUCCCUGCUUUAGAAAAAGCCCAAGAGACACCAGAGUUAUAGCAGAAGAGUUGGAAUCCAGUGCAUUGGAUUUUAUUCUGAACUCUGCUAAAAAUCAAAGCUGAGUCUCCUGCACAGUACUUAACCUCUCCUUGUUCCUGUAAAGUAGAAAAAGCAGCUUCUUCUUCAUGCUUUUGAAGUGUUUUGAAAUACACUUAAAUUAACAGUUUGCACUUGGCUCACUGCAUCAACAUGCCUAAAGAGGAGUGAAGAGUUCCCCCAGUUGCCUGUUAGAUUCCAGUAACUAAGAAGUGAGGUGAUAACUAUUUUGUUAGUUAAGAAUUUCUGUUGGAAAGGUUGACAAAAAUAAGACAUAAAUUUAAAGGAAGCAAGAGGAUUGGAGAAGCUUUAAGGAUAAUCAGAAGAUGUUGGCAUAAUAUCUGCUUCACUGCUCCGAGGCCUAUACUUUCCAAGCAUUGCAGUUGACACCUUUAUCUCAUUGACUUGAGUUAUGCAUGCACUAAAGCCAAUGGCCAGGGAGUGGGAUCCAGGAUCAUCAGUCCCCCUUUUGGCUCUUUAUGUGACCCUGCAACAAGUUAUUUUCCAAGUGCCUAGUGAUGUUCUGUGCUAGAAGUUUCCUUAAGUACAACAUUUCUCUUGGUGGGAUGCACAGAGAAGUGUCGUGGCAGCAGUGGGAAGAGACUGACUGCUCAGCUUCCCUGCAGGGAUUGCUGGAAGGAGCCAUCUGUUCGCUGAUCCCUAGCUGCAGUUUCUCUCCAGCAAGCACCUUUUGCUGCCUCCUUCCCACAUGCUUCACUUCACACUGAUCAAAUUGCUCUGUCUCAUUCCUGAAAGAUUUUGUCUGUUUCUUUUAUGGGAAUUCUUUUUUUAAUCAGAUCUGUACAGGUAACAGUUAAGUACUGUCCUGGCAAUCAUGGAAUUGUUCCUAUUUAUGUGGAGCAUCUCUGGCAGGCUAACCAGAAGUAUCCUAUUACAGAUAUUGAAUUACUGAUGAAGUGACUGUUAUUUGAAAAGCAACAGAGUGUAUAUGCCUUAAUUUCCACAAGUUAUCCAUCACCUUUUCCUCUUGAAAGCAGUGUACUGACAGCUAAUUUACUGUGCAGCGUAUAGGUACAAGUGGCAAAAAGUUGGACAGUCCUUGCCUAAAAACUUCCCACCUACCUAAAUGAGCAGAAGGCUCAUCUCACAGUCUGAAGAAGUCAGCCAUUAAGGACUUGUUUGGCUCCUCAAUAUUUUUUUUUUAAUUCUGUUUCUUCCUUAUGUAAAUUAGCAGGUCUUUAUGUGCUUUGUUUUUGAAUAUUUACUCCAGUGUAAAUGAAGAUUGCGUCUCGCUUCAGCGUGCUUUUGUAUGAUCUGUUGUUAUCUGAACACUGCUUAUCUAACCUGCUUAUCGGAAUCCUGUUUGUAUCCUUGGUAUUUAUCUGAGAGCUCCACUCACGUGUAUGGCAGCUGAUCAGCUCACAUUGCUGUGGCUAAACAGGGCAUUGUCAUCGUGAAUGCCAUGUUAACUCUGCUGGGAGAAAAACAGUACUGCAGUGACUGCAACUGUGCAUCACAUUUUACAGGCUUGGAAAUUGCACUAAGAGUCUUUCCCUGCUGCUUCUAAAUUGAACAGACAGUACACAAGCAACUAAACUCAGCUGAGCUGAUACAGCCACCAGGCACUGUACAGCCUUCCUCUGUACCAGGAUGCUUAAUGAUGCUGUUCCUGUCCCGGGUUCAGCAACGUGCUGCUGGAAGAGUGGUGCUGCUCUGUUUUCUUGGAGCACUCACUCAGUACUGGCAAAAAGUGAGACAUGAGACUGCCAGCAGCUCUCAGAAAAGGAAACAGGUAACAGCACAGUAACUGCAGGAAUAAGGAAGCUGAUGUAAAAUAACUUUCUCUCCUCAGUACCUGUAAGUGUGUUGUCUUGUAUUGCUGAGCUAUGGGUAUGUUUAAAACUGGGCAUGUCUGCUUCACAAGAAGCUCUUUGUCACUCUGAGAGGUGAUAUGAAGGAAAGGCUGCUUGGUAAAGGAAAGCAUCUACUGAAAACAUCUUCUGAGACUUAGCAACGAUUGCUGAAAUUAGUCAGUAUAAAAUAGUAUUUAGAAUGACUGCUGCAAUGAUAAAAAACCUUUACAGUUUUGUACUUUCAUUAGGUUUUAUACUUCAGUAUCCUUGGAGUCAGGCAUUAGAAAUGAUUAUGCAGGGCCAAUUGCAAAUGUGAAUGCUCUAUUUUAUUUGGCAUUAAACAACAGAAUUUUCUCCAUAUGUGAUACUUUCUUAAAUGAUCAACUGCUCAUUUUCUUUUGUUAAAUGAUGAUUCCAUCUUGGGUGCUGCUUCACCUUCUCCUGUGCAUUUACAAUAGUAAAUAUACUGAAAGCACCUA